AUGGCGGCAUCGACUAACACUGGGUUCACCCCUAUAACCAUGGAAUAUACAAUUGAUCAGCUUUUUGAGCUCGAGGAAGAAAGUGGGAAAGCAAGUCAAGACCACCUAUUCUAUGCGCUGGAAUAUAUUGUUCGGCAGCUAGAGGCAGCAGGGACUGAGUACGCUGUAAUGGGUGGCCUAAGCAUGCAACUUCGUGGCUUCGACUCACGCACCACUACCGAUGUCGAUUUGGCGAUUGAUAUGAAACCGCGCUCUUUGAACACUCUUCUGGCCUCGGAUGAUAGGAUUUAUCGACCACGUCCUACCGCAGCUUCUACCGGAAUUGCACGUGUCUUUGUGUUAACUGGACCCUCGUAUGGCGAGCAGGUUGAACCCCUUCCAGUCUUAGUGGACUUGAUACUAGCCGGUAAUCUCGGCGCCCCUCGAAAUAUCGCAGAAGCUUCUACCCAGGCCACUGCUACUACUCCGUGGGGUACCCGAGUUUACAAAAUCCUGGAUCUGCAACACAUCUUGAAAGCAAAAUUGAGAUCCUACGCCAGCAGAUUUGCAGAAAAUGACUAUAACGAUAUCAUAUGGAUGUGGCUAAACCUCGAAGAACAAGUCCGCCAGUUUUCAGGUCGCCUGGAUUGGGAAGAGAGGGACGGGUUUUACAACGCCGUAGUGGAAUCCGGGAGUUACACACAACAUGAUCUCAACGAUUUACGUGCCACUCUUCAGCUGGACUAUAGUGAAUAA